CAGCGAGUGCGGCGUUGGCGCGCCCGCCGGCGGCGGCGUCCGCCCCGGCUACGGUUAUGAAGCGCUCUCAGCGGCUAGUGACGGAAGUGACCAAGAUCUUGACGAGGCACCAGAGUACGCUCCAUUCGAGAUGGAGUUAUCAGGUGGAGGAGAGUCUGCCGACGGUCCGUCAUCACGCGGCUCGGCUAAAGUCAACUUUCCACCCGAUGUUGAAUUGGAACGCCGUCCAACGGGCACCUUUGCAGGCGCAGCGGCUGCAGCUUUUCACCGUGGCCGUGGUCGCUCCAUGAGCGCCUGGAGCGAUAUAAGUCGCUCUAGCAUCAAGUUCGAGGAACGAGUGCGUGUGGAGUAUUAUGUGAACGAGAACACUUUCAAAGAAAGACUGCAACUGUAUUUUAUAAAGAAUCAACGUUCGAGUUUACGCAUUAGGAUAGUAAAUCUAUUUUUCAAGAUUCUUGCCUGUCUUCUCUACAUUUUUCGCGUUUGCGCUGACGGAGAUCCUAUAUCUGCAUCUUGUUACGGAUGUAAGCCUGGAAACAAGACCGAGUUUGAAUACUCCGCAAACCUCACCGAAGAGGAGUUUCAAGAGCAUCCGAUCAUCAACUGGGACGGAAUAGUAUGGGUAAACCGACCGUUGUAUCUGUGGGGGGUGCAGGUUGUACUCGCAAUGAUUUCCUUGGCCGAAGCUAUUUUGCUGGUCUAUCUCGGAUACAAGGGCAACAUCUGGCAACAGGUUUUAUCAUUCCACUUCAUAUUGGAGAUGGUUAACACGGUUCCAUUUGCGCUCACAGUACCUUUCCCGCCGCUACGGAAUUUGUUUAUCCCCGUAUUUCUGAACUGCUGGCUCGCUAAGAGGUCUCUCGAAAAUAUGUUUAACGACUUACACCGAGCGAUGCAAAAGUCUCAGUCCGCUCUCUCUCAACAACUCAUGAUAUUAUGUGUCACGCUUUUAUGCUUAGUUUUUACGAGCGUGUGCGGUAUCCAACAUUUCCAACGCGCUGGUCAUCGCCACCUUAACCUGUUCCAAGCAACAUACUUCGUGGUCGUGACAUUCUCAACUGUUGGUUAUGGAGAUUUUGUACCCGAUAUCUGGCCGUCCCAGCUGUAUAUGGUCAUAAUGAUUGGUGUCGCGCUUGUUGUUUUGCCCACUCAGUUUGAACAAUUGGCAUUCACCUGGAUGGAAAGGCAGAAGCUCGGUGGUUCUUACUCGUCACACCGCGCUCAGUCAGAAAAACACGUAGUAGUUUGCUCGACAACGCUCCAUGCCGACACAAUUAUGGAUUUCCUGAACGAAUUUUAUGCUCAUCCUCUACUUCAGGAUUACUACGUUGUUCUGCUUUCACCUAUGGAGCUAGAUACAACGAUGCGGAUGAUUCUUCAGGUUCCAAUUUGGGCUCAACGCGUUAUUUACAUCCAAGGCUCAUGCCUGAAGGAUACAGAUUUGAUUCGUGCGCGUAUGAACGAGGCGGAGGCUUGCUUUAUACUAGCUGCUAGAAACUAUGCUGACAAAACUGCAGCUGACGAGCAUACGAUUCUUAGGUCCUGGGCAGUAAAAGAUUUCGCCCCUAUUGUUCCCCAAUACGUACAGAUUUUCCGACCAGAGAAUAAACUGCAUGUUAAGUUUGCGGAGUUUGUGGUUUGCGAAGAUGAGUUUAAAUAUGCACUUCUCGCCAACAACUGCACUUGCCCUGGUGCAUCAACUCUCGUUACUCUGCUUUUGCACACCAGCCGCGGCCAAGAAGGUCAACAAUCACCAGAAGAAUGGCAUCGCCUUUAUGGCAAAUGUUCUGGCAAUGAAAUCUACCAUAUCGUACUUGGUGAUAGUCGAUUCUUUGGUGAAUACGAAGGAAAAAGCUUUACUUAUGCCAGUUUUCACUCACACCGGAAAUAUGGAGUAGCUUUAGUUGGGGUUCGUCCAGCAGAGCUACCUGAGUUUUAUGAAGAAACCAUACUUUUGAAUCCUGGCCCUCGGCACAUCAUGAAAAGCACUGACACGUGCUAUUACAUGAGCAUCACGAAGGAAGAAAACUCUGCUUUCGUGGUAUCUGACAAACAGACAGAAAGCAAAUCCAAUGCCAUACCAAAAGAUCAAACUACAUGUAGUCUCCUCUCUAACGAAAAGAAGACUGGAGAUGCAGAAGGCGGCACCGGACAGCGGAAAAGACCAGACGGUACUAAUGUGGCUCAGUACGACCUCCCACAAGUGAUUCUACAAGCUCCCGCGAGUUCCACACCAAAUACAUCGCCAUCACGCAUCUACCCAGCUAAUACUGUAUCAUCCGCUAAUUUAACUGUUGCUGGCUCUAAAUUUGGCGAAGCAUCAACAUCGGCAUCUGACUCUCGCACUUGUCUCAAAGAAUCUCCGGCUACAGAUAGCGCAACUGACAGUCACCUCUUACUUCCUCGACCUGAUAAUACCAACUUUUUAAGCCCUGAUAGUCUCCAUUGCCGACGAGGUAGUAGAAGACCAUCGAUUCUUCCGGUACCGGACAUGGUAACGAGUAGUCUAACUAUUACAUCUGAGAAUCAAGAGGAAGGAGUUGGAGUUGAUGAAAGUGAAGAUGAAUUGGAUGACGACGUCCCCUGGCGCUCUCCUUCCGAAAAGAUUGCGAUCGUGAAAGGUUUCCCUCCAGUGUCGCCAUUCAUAGGAGUAAGCCCAACGUUGUGCUAUUUGCUGAAGGAAAAGAAACCUCUGUGUUGCCUUCAACUGGCUCAAGUGUGCGAGCAUUGCGCAUACCGUAAUGCAAAGGAAUACCAAUGGCAAAAUAAGACCAUCAUUCUUGCCGCCGAUUACGCCUCUAAUGGAAUCUAUAACUUUAUUAUUCCACUGCGCGCACAUUUCAGAUCUAAAACUUCACUCAAUCCUAUAAUCCUUUUGCUGGAACGUAGACCUGAUGUCGCAUUCCUUGAUUCCAUUUCUUACUUUCCAUUGGUAUAUUGGAUGCUCGGUACUAUUGAUUGCCUAGAUGAUCUUCUCCGCGCAGGUAUAACUUUAGCCGAAAACGUGGUGGUUGUUAACAAAGAGUUAUCUAACUCAGCCGAAGAGGACAGUCUCUCUGACUGCAACACCAUUGUGGCAGUUCAAACAAUGUUCAAAUUCUUUCCAUCUAUUAAAUCUAUAACGGAGCUAUCCCAAUCGUCAAAUAUGCGAUUCAUGCAAUUCAGAGCUCAUGACAAAUACGCGUUGCAUCUAUCGAAGAUGGAAAAGCGCGAAAAGGAGAGAGGGUCCCAUAUUUCCUACAUGUUUAGGCUACCAUUUGCAGCUGGUUCGGUUUUUUCCGCCUCUAUGCUGGAUACUCUUCUUUAUCAGGCAUUCGUAAAAGAUUACGUAAUUACAUUUGUGAGACUCUUGUUAGGCGUUGAUCAGGCUCCAGGAUCAGGAUUUCUCACUUCUAUGAAAAUAACGAAGGAGGAUAUGUGGAUACGUACAUAUGGUCGGCUAUAUCAAAAGCUAUGUUCUACCACAUGCGAAAUCCCUAUUGGGAUUUAUCGAACUCAGGAUACGAGCUUAGCUGAUCAAUCGCACCACGUGAGUAUGUCGCCACGGAGCCCGUCUGGGUGGUUUUGGUCACGCCUCGCGGGAUUGCGACCAUCGCGACCAUCGCGACCAUCGCAGGCGACGGGGGAUGCUGGGUCGGCAGGAGACGGUGGGUCGGAGGGACGGGGUGCCCGAUCACGCCGUGGAACCACGGGUUGCCUCAGCGGCUGCUACGGAGACCGCACUCCAGCGUAUUCGACGAGUUUGGCUGACGAAGCUCGAGAUAAUCAUGCACAGCAAAUUGAGAGAGCAGAAAUUGCUAAUCUUGUACGAUCUAGAAUUGAGUCAUUAAACUUGACUGGAGUCGAUUAUGACGACGUUAGCGAGAAACGGAACAGUCUCUCGUACGUUAUCAUAAAUCCAAGCUGUGACCUAAACUUGCAAGAAGGCGACAUCAUAUAUUUGGUGCGCCCUUCACCAUUCUCAGCGCAAAAGACGUUUGAACGUCAUAACAGCCGACGCAAAUCUAACAUCAGUUUCUGCUCUGGUGCACUUAUCCAGGCUGCAGCAGCUGGCAGUCGUCGUGGAUCAGCGCUUGGAGGCCUUUCAAGCCUUUCGCCACGAGCCCCGCCAUUGACAAAUGCGAAGGCGAACUCUCUGUCCCUUCCUGAUAGCCCUACUAUUGUUACCGACUUUCGUGGGCGUUCGAAUUCUCUUCGAGUAGUAGACGACAUCUUGUUACGUCGAUCCAACUCUCUGCGACAAGGACUGGGUACGCCUGCUACUUCUAGUCGCCGCAAGAGCAGCCUGGAAGAAAUUGGAAUAUCACACUUUAAUUCACUUCUUCAACACCAGCAACAACAGCAGAAUGCGAAUGCAAUUAAAAUUGCUCUCAAUGGAAGCAUUGGUCUAGAGGUGACACCACCAGACGAGGGUCCCAUGGAUCGAUUUGGAUAUCAGGAUAUGGCUGCUGCUCUUCCCUCCACAUCGACGGGAUCUGGUUUGCCACCUACCCCAGACCCUCAACAUCUUCAGGGUACAAUCGUAUGAUAUAAUCUAAUGUGGGGACGGCGACUCAGUUCCGUUGUGAGAAACAAAUGGAACUAAGCCUAAACGACUCCGGCUAGAAAAAUGUCCACGGAACAUAUUUUCGUCUCGUAGCGUCUCUACUAUGCACGUAGUGUUUCAACUAUAAAUUUUCCAAAGAACUUCAAAGUGAGUGACUGGAUCGAGACAAUACGCGGUAGUGAAAUCUGUGUAUUGUAAGCGGGAUCAACUAGUUAAUAUGUAAAGGGAAUAUGGCCUAUGGCUGUACAUAGCGGGGCUUACUUUGGUCUUAUUCUAUUGUAUGUAUAUAAGAGUGUAACUAUCAAGAAAACUCUUUCACUAUAUUAAAAUAUUUACAAAAUGUUUAUUAUGUGUACCUACUAUUAAAUUAUUAAAUGGAUUUAUUAAUAUUGUAGCAAAAUAUCUAUUUUAGAUUUAAUAGAUGUAUAACUUCAUUAUUUAUUCAAUAUUAAGAGAUGUAUACUUACAUUUAUCACUAUAAUUAGAUUUAUUGACUGUCGAAUUGUAUUUCUAUUAGUAUCUGUGGCAAUCAAUAAAGUCGAUACGACCUCAA